AUGGAGAUCAGGAGCUUCGUCGAUCAGUAUGAAAUUUUUAAUUUAAUUAUACAUGUCUUCUUAAAGGAAAAUGGCUUGGGGAUGGUAAGAAGUCUGUCAUCCGAUGAGCAAACGUCGAGUGUGAUGAUUGGACCUCAACUAGAAGGACCCUUACCAAAAAGGGAAAUUAUAGAGGAUCAAUGCGUUAGUAACGAUCUAUCAAAUGACAGAAAACGUAAUUGGCAGGAAGCUGGUCUAGAAAUUACUGAUAGAUAA